AUGGAGAGCCUGUUGGAGGUCUCUCAUAAGCCCCUGUCAAUGGGAGUUGGGCCUCUUAUAUUAUAUAGGAAGAAGAGGGGAGCCAUGCGUGCCCCUUGUUUAACGGGCAACUUGGGUUGGUCACCUGAGGCACAGGAAAGAGGCCAAUCUUGGUACUUGCGGCAUGUGGGAGCCCAACUUAAGUGGUCCACUUGCUUAGGCAUGUUAGGCCAGCUAGGAGGAGGCGCAUAUGAGACUAAACCCACUGUGGAGGCCACUAUAUUGGAGAAAGCGCGUGAGGCCAAUGAUGGUAUCAACACAAUUGAUGCAUGUUAUAAAAGCAAAAGACCCAAUUGCAUAAGACCUGGAAAGAGCCUCGAAUGCACAAGACUCCGGCCAGACUAUAAUGAGGGGUAA